GGGGGGGAGCUCAGGAGGAGGUCACUCCUGAAUGGCAGUCGUGUGGAAAGGAAAUGUCACGGGGAGGGCGAGGAGGAUUUGCUGGGCAGCCAGAGAAGAGAGGGAGAGGGGGCGGUGUCUAUUGAUCGAACAAUGUCCGAAGAAUAUAAAAAAAAAAGCAGCUGUGGUGUAGUCGUGUGUGGGAGAUAAGCAGGGGCAAUCACUCCCAAAAUCUCCCACUACUCACACUGGAGUGCACGCCAAUGCAGAGGGAUGACAUAAAGAGAAACCGGAAGCACCCGAGGAUAUGUGUUUUUUAGUUGUUUUGUUAUGUGUUUUUUUUUAUUUCAAUCCCAGCAUUCUACACUUUCAGAAGCACGCGUAAACAGUGUUUUUGUUUGAGGUGUCAUAACACACGUCUAACACACGGUGUUCAAGUGUUUGCGGCAUGUCUAGUAAACAGCAGCACUGAGAGUUAGGGAAAAAAACUAUUAACUUUUUAGUAGUUCGUUGGACUAUUUAAUCAACAAAGUUACACAUCUGGACCUAGUGUGCACUUUUAAUUCCCUUUAAGAUUCUGAGAUUAACUGGACUUUAGGUAAUCGCCGUGAAGAAGAUAACUUCUAUUCAUUGUCAAGAAAACUUUCUGCAAGUCUUCUAGAAUCAUCGUUUCACCUGACUUCAUCAUUUACUAGCUAAAAACCUUUUGAUUCAUGUCUGCCAAUGUGAUGACAUCUAAUUGCUGAUUGGCUCGGGCGUCAAUGCUCAUCCUAUGAUAUCACUGUCGAUAAAAACCGGAAAUGACCUUUCUUGAAGUUCAAUGAAAAAGACGGUGACAUUGAAGUGCUCAUGACAUCGCAGACGACUUGGCAGGAAAACAUGGCAGGCAUUAUGACCACAGCCAAUCUUUCUGAUGUCACCUCUGACACUGGCAGUGACACUGGCAGCAAUGUGUCACGCUAUACAACCGAAAGCGUUGCCUUUGGAGCGCGCCACCCAGCGGUGGAUUACAGCAGCCUCGUUUUGAGGCUAGACAUCUGCCGGAGAAUGUCGCCGCCCCCUAUACCACCCUGGCUGAUGGAGGCACCAGAGAAACUGAGGCUUCUUGUUGCCAACUGCUCUAGUUGGAGGAGAUAUACAGAUCUCUGCUCACUUUAUAUACCUCCAGAUUACCCACAAGCCCUUGCUGCACGCCCUGGUUAUGUGGCCGUUCAGUGGUUUCCAUUUAUAAUUGCUGUGCUCCUAGUGACAACCAUUCUCAUCUCUGUGGUUGUCACGUACACACUCUACAGAACCAACAGAAUGAAGUGCAAGUUUUUAGGAGACUAUUCCACUUCUGCUUCUCCCAGACGAAACUACUGCCUUCCCACAGGUUCCAUAACUACUAGUGUUACCAUAGAAACUCAGCUCUCUGUGUGUGCCCUGGAAGACGACUACACCCUGGCUUCCAUGGCGCCCCUUCAUUUGUCUUACACGGACAGGUUGCACUGCAUUCACGACCCCAGAGCAGAACGAGGAGGCCGGAGGGAGAUUCUCCUCCAUCCUUCAGACCUGCAAAGUUCCGACAGCCCAGAGCCCUGCUAUGUCACUGACCUGUCAAACUCACAAUACUACUCUAGCCAGUCGCUACCUAUUCUCACAGACAAAGGGGCUCCGAUAAAGGCUCACAGACGUCGUUUGUCCAGCGGGUCCAUCAGCAUUGAUUCUGAAGAAAUCGAUUACUCUGCUCCUAACUAUGUGCACAUUCAAACCGGAAGACUAGACAGCAGUCGGGUAGUAUCACCUAGCAGAAGUGAUUUCUUAUUGGGUAAAAAUACCGUAAGGGGGAUUAUAAAAAGAUGCCAGAAAGCUGGUGUCUAUAUUGUUCAUGGCGUUUUAGGCAAUAAACACGCUUCUUCUAAAGACAGUGGAGCAGCAUAUUCUCAAGUUAAACCGUUUCCCCCAUUAAAAAAAUUACGGAGGUCUUUCAAAAAUAUGCGUCUUCCUAAUCAGAGAUUGUUCAAAAACUCUAAAUCUUUGGACCAUGGCAUGGCUUGCCAAGAAAAUCUGGCUAUAUCAGUUGAAGAUAAAGUCGAGUGCAACACGUCCACAUUGCCAGCUGGGACAUCAGUCCCGAGCUCGUCUCUUUCCACAGUUUUGAAAAGAUUUGGCAGAACAUCCAACAAAACUAAAAGACAAUCAAGUCAACCCAUUCCAGAGACGAGUCAUGGCCUUGAGACCACUAAUUCCACGUUUCAAGUUCACACUGACCAAGUGACCAAAGGGAAAAAAUCGCCAUUUCAAAAACUCAAAGUCCCCCACGUCCUAAGAAACUUUACGAAAAAAAGAGACCUAAUUUAAUUUAAUUUAAAAUGAUCAUCAUCGAACUCCAAUUAGAGUGAAGGCUUCAGAGGUUCAAAUCUUUUCUUGCAAAGGCCCUACUGUCAUGCGUAGCGCAUGUACGUCGCCAUACAAGUCGAGAAUUUUUGGUUUCCCAGACCUGUGGUGAAGAAGAUCUGGGGCAGUCGAAAAGAAUACGAGACUCGGAUUUCUCUUCCUUCCCUCACCGGAAGCACACUUGAGAGUCUAAGUUUGGCCUGAGCCGUGCGAAUGAAAUAUGAACCUUCUUCGUUACCUUUUGGACAUUUUUUGUUACCUAUUUAAGCUUUUCAUUAUUAGUAAAAUAAAAAUGAUGACGGAGUAUAUACGGUUCAGGAUGUCCAGACAAGACCAACAAUGGGGCAGUGGCCAGUCCUGCACUGUGCUACAAUAGCUUGUCGAGGGGUGGUCGUGGUCAGGGCGCCUCAUGUAGGCUACUCCCAGACUCCGCAGCCUUUUUGGGACUUGCCCCCAGCACUUAAAACCAUGUUUCCAUUUCUGUUGUUAAUUAAAAUAGUGUUGAGUUUAUUAUAAGUUCUAGAAAUAAAUAGAAGAUGUUAUUGUAAAUUAAUUUAAGUGAUUGUCAAGUAAACUUGCCUAUUGUUGUUUUUUUUUCCUUGACCUAAUAAUCAAUUAUGACGUAAAAUCUAUAAAUAGCUCUUUUUGCGUUUUAAUAAAGAAGUUUGGAUAAAUUAC